AUGGACAAAAUAAACUUAAAUAAUGGAUUAACGAUGCCUUCACUUGGACUUGGAACUUUUAAGACAAAUUCAGUCGAAGGUGAAUGGGCUAUUGAGGCAGCGAUUGAUGUUGGCUACCGGCACAUAGAUACAGCUUUCUAUUAUGGCAAUGAAAAAGAAGUAGGAAGGGCUGUAAGAAGCAAAAUAAAAGAAGGCGUAAUCAAACGAGAGGACAUCUUUAUUGCCACCAAGCUAUGGCCUACAUUUGCAAGACCAGAAAACGUGAAGCUAGCUUGCAAAAAAUCACUUGAAGCACUUGACAUGGAUUAUAUCGACUUGUAUUUGGUUCAUUGGCCAGUACAAUUUAAGGUGAAUCUCAUAGAUUCUUAG